AUGCAUUCAUCAAUAUCAGACGAUUUAAAUAGAGAGCACUUGGCAUUAGAAGCUGCAAAGUGUUUGAAGAACAUUUCACAAAAUAAUAAAAACGUGAGUGAUUUACAUAAGGAAUUACUUGAGCUAAAUUUGUCAAUAAAAACAUACAUCGAAGAGAGCAAGAUUCGUAUGAAAGAUAUUCGGCUAGAAUUAGCUAGCAAAGCGAAGAGUUCUACCAAAGUUGUGGACAUACUUUCAAGAAAUUAUACCAUAGAGUGCUUUCCACCUAGAAAUGAAAGGUUAUCAAGGAAGGAUGAUGCAACACAAAUUAAUCCACUCAAUUCUCCUGAAAUAUGUGACAUAGGGCCAGAGAGACGGAGCAGAAAGAGAUUGUUAAAGUCCAGUUGCCAUAGCCCACAAUGGGCAGAGAGUUGUGGACCUGAGAAUGAAUACAAAGCAUUCGAAGAAGUCGCCAAAGAGGAGGAGCUAAAGAAAAUG